AUGACGCUCUUCGCGGCAGGCUACAGCGGCACGAUCGUGCCGUACACUCUUGACGCCUCUACCGGCCACCUUAGCCGCCGCUCGUCCGGUGUCGAACCCAACUCGUCCGGCACAUCGCCUUCGUGGAUCGCCUACUCCUCGCGCAAAUCUUCCCAUUCGCACGAAGGCAAAGACACCUUCUACGCCGUGACCGACCUCUACACGGUCGACGAGACUUCUCCAGGCCGAGUCUUCUCGCACACCUUUCAUCCUUCCACAGGCAGCAUCACGCACACUGGCCCCUCGCACGGCGUCUCGAGCGGCGGGGACGGUCCUGUUUCAGCGCUCAUCGGCCAUGGGCCGAGCAAAGGACUGCUCUUCGUAGCGAAUUACAAUUCCGGCUCCGCCUCCGUCCUCGCCAUCCUCCCCGACGGGACGCUAUCCGAGCCGACGCAGGUAUUUCACUUUCACCGGCCUGCUAAUCAGCCCAAAGUAGGACCGGUGGCGGACAGACAGGACCACUCGUACGCGCACCAGGUCGCGCUCUCGCCAUCGGGAGGGUGGGUGUACGUGUGCGAUCUCGGAGCGGAUCAGAUCCAUCAUCUGCGAAUUGACCACGGCAAAGUGCACAGGGCGGGGAGCACCGAUGUCAAGAUCGGUAGUGGUCCUCGACACAUCACUUUUCAUAAGGAUGCAGAGGGGAGGAGCUGGGGAUAUCUCGCGAGCGAACUGGAUAACACGGUAUCCGCAUUCAAGCUCGAUGAGCAGAGUGGGAAGCUCGAGCUGGUCGGCAAACCGGUACUCGCCUCUCCACCAGGUGUACCGCUGAGCGGCCCCGGAGUGCUCGAGACGAAUCGUACCACGGCCGAAAUCGCAGUGGUUCCAAGCGGCGACUUUGUCUACGUUUCCGAACGCGGUGAUAGGAAGGAGGAUCACAUUAGCAUCUUUAAGCGGAACCAAAAGUCGGGCGAACUGAGCUUUGUCGAUUGGGUUUCCAGCGGUGGACGCAUGCCCAGACACUUCAGUCUCAGCUCGGACAGCGGUCGGGAUGACAAGGCGAGGUGGUUGGUCGUGGGUCAUCAGACGGAUCAGAACAUUGUCGUGUUUGAGAGAGACGCCAAGACGGGUGGGUUGACGAAGAGACAGACGGUGCAAGGCGUCGGCCCGGUCGCGUUCACGGGUUUCUCGCCCUUCUAA